AAGCUUAACAUGAAGAGGGAGAGAAGCUUCGUCUUGCUUAUUACUUUAGCUCUUUUGCUGUCCAUUUUUAGCAAUGGGCAUCAAAAUGGAGCUCAAAAACAUUCGAAGCAUAUAAAGGAAAAAGAUCAUAACAGCAAUUCUACCCAUUAUGAUAUCCGGACAUUUGGAGCUGUGGGUGAUGGAGUUUCGGAUGAUUCAGAGGCACUUAUAGAAGCAUGGAAAGCAGCAUGUAAGGUAUAUGGAGCAACUGUGGAAAUUCCAUCAGGAUUAAAUUUUCUACUAAGACCAGUUACUCUUCAGGGUCCUUGUAUGCCUCACCUUAUUCUUCAGAUUGAUGGAACUCUCUUGGCACCUCCAAGUGUAGCUUCCUGGUCCAAGUCCAGUCUCUUCCAAUGGAUUAACUUGAAGUGGGUCAGUGACUUCACAAUUCAAGGGAACGGUACUCUCGAUGGGCAGGGCUCUUCAUGGUGGAGUCUCUCUGCAACUCCUCAAAGCACCAAUAAAGAAACAACAAGCUCACCAUUAGAGAUGAGACCAACAGUACUCAGAUUUUAUGCAAGCUGCAAUAUUAUGGUUCGCAAUAUCCAUAUCAUCAAUAGUCCUCUGUGUCACCUAAAAUUUGAUAGUUCAAGGGGGGUUAAAGUAAGUAACAUCAUGAUCUCUUCCCCAAAAGACAGCCCAAACACCGACGGUAUACAUCUCCAAAACACUCGUGAUGUGGAGAUCAAGCAUUCCAACAUUGGUUGUGGUGAUGAUUGUGUAUCUAUACAAACUGGCUGUGCCAAUGUCAACAUACAUCAUCUUGAUUGCAGCCCUAGCCAUGGAAUCAGCUUAGGAAGUCUUGGGAAAGGCAGCAGCCUGGCUUGUGUCUCCAAUGUUUCUGUCAAUACCAUCACAGUGCAAAAUGCACUAUCUGGUGUUCGUAUCAAAACAUGGCAGGGAGGUAAAGGGUCAGUCAAGAACGCAACUUUCUCCAAUAUUCGAGUCUCAGAUGUUGAAAUUCCUAUUGUAAUCGAUCAAUACUACUGCAACAAAAGGUCGUGCAAGAACAAAACAGAAGCAGUGGCAAUAUCUGAUGUCACUUAUAAAGGAAUUACAGGAACAUAUACGUAUAAACCCUUGUCUAUAGCCUGCAGUGAUAGCUUGCCAUGCACUGAUUUAAGUCUAAUUGAUGUCCAGUUGUCGCCAUAUUAUGAGUCGAGGAGUCACCAGGAGGCUUUCUGUUGGAAAUCCUAUGGAGAGGCGCAGGGCUCUCUUGAGCCCUCAGGUGUCAGUUGUUUGAGGAAGAACAGUAAGGUAAUUAGGGCCCUAACAAAGUCGUAUAAGUAUACUUGCUAAGGGAUUAAGGACUCUAAACUCUGUAACUGCAUGCUUCCCUUUUAAAUUUUGUAUUGUGAGAAGGAGAUGAACUAUUUACACGUUUGGUAUUAUGAGUGAUCAGUGUGCUCCUUAAGAGCAAUUUCAAGUAGACAUUUUGCA